UAAUUUUUGACAGGCAGAGUGGACAGUGAGAGAGAGAGACAGAGAGAAAGGUCUUCCUUUUGCCGUUGGUUCACCCUCCAAUGGCCGGAGGCCAUUCCAGGUGCUUUUCCUGGUCUCCCAUGGGGUGCAGGGCCCAAGCACUCGGGCCAUCCUCCACUGCACUCCCAGGCCAUAGCAGAGAGCUGGCCUGGAAGAGGGGCAACCAGGACAGAAUCCGGUGCCCCGAUCGGGACUAGAACCCGGUGUGCCGGCGCCGCAAGGCGGAGGAUUAGCCUAGUGAGCCGCGGCGCUGGCCCUCAAACGCCCUCCUUGUCUUGCUGCAGGCUCCCACGUGGUGGGUGAGGCUCCUGCCACCAGCUGAAACCCAAACCCCUACUUAGCGCAGACCUGACCCCCCAGGGAGCUCCUGGCCAGAGCCUCCUUCAGGUUCCCCCCUGGGGGUGGGGCUGCCCUGUAGCCCAGACACCUGCAGUUUAUGUAACCCCUCCCAGGUUCCUGCUUUCCUGAGAUAAGAGUGGGCCAGGGGCAGGAGAGGGGUGCAGAGGGGCGGGGCAGAGAUACUAACUGGGACAGCCGCUGCAGGGUGGGGGUGGAGCUGGGGGGCUGCCCCCCCCCCCCCGGCUGCUCUGGCGUUGGGAGAGGGAGCUGGACGCCUGGUGCCGGAGUGGCAGGCUGCCUGGGCUCUGUGGCCAUCUGGAGCUGGCAUUUUGCCCCUGUCUCCUCCUCACUGGGAGUCCCUGGCUGGGUUCUGCGGGGUCUCACGUCCUCAGUGAGAAGGGGUAGGUGGGUGUCCCAGGCCCCGCCCUGUCCUCUGCUGUGAGUUUUAUUUGAGGGAGGGGUGGGAGCCCUACAGGUCCCAGUGCUCUCCGAGGCCUGCACCCUCACACACCCCAGUACUGAGGCUGAAGACUGCUGGGGUGGGGGCAGGGAGAUCAAGGCUGCCCCCCUUGGGGGUUCCUAAGCUUCCUUCAGAGUCUCCCUGACUCCUGCAGUGGGCAGGGAAGGUCACCGGGGUUCCUGGCACCCCAGGGCUCUGGCCUCCACACCCCUACUGGGGAAGAGGGUCACAGUUCCCCGUCCCUGCUGGGGGGAGGGGGUGACGGUUCCCCAUCCCUGCUGGGGCCUGCCACCGAGGGCAGUGGGCAGGGUGGCUGGGCUGGCAGAUCAGUCCCUCCAGGAAUUGUAUUGUCCUCUGGGAGGUGAGAGAUAGAGAAAGGGCCUGGGGGUGGGGAGCCCUGCAGAGGAGGGGCCACCAGGGGCCUGGCGAGGUGUAACUGGACCCCUCUGAGCUGCGGCCACCACCGGCUAUCUGAGGUCCUGACCCCCACCCUGUUCCUCCACCUCCGGGAGCCCCGCCUAGCCUGUCUACUUAAGGCCCUGGGCAGGCUGGGCCCCGGAUCAGGCCCGUGGCCAUGGCCUUCACCGACCUGCUGGACGCCCUGGGUGGCGUGGGCCGCUUCCAGCUCGUCUACACGGCCCUGCUGCUGCUGCCCUGUGGCCUGCUGGCCUGCCACAACUUCCUGCAGAACUUCACAGCCGCCAUGCCUCCCCACCACUGCCGGGGGCCCGCCAACCUCACCAACACCUCGGGGGUCUGGCUGCGGGCCGCCGUGCCCGUGGACCGGCUUGGAGCCCUCGACUCGUGCCGGCGCUUCACAGAGCCUCAGUGGGUCCUCCUGCUCCCCAACGCCUCCUCCGGCCACGGGGCCGCCACGGAGGGCUGCGUGGACGGCUGGGAGUAUGACCGCAGCGUCUUCCCGUCCACCAUCGUGACGGAGUGGGAUCUGGUGUGUGAGGCCCGCACGCUGCGCGACCUGGCCCAGUCCAUCUACAUGGCGGGGGUGCUGCUGGGGGCUGCUGUGUUUGGCAGCCUGGCAGACAGGCUGGGCCGCAAGGCGCCGCUGGUCUGGUCGUACCUGCAGCUGGCGGUCUCGGGGGCCGCCACGGCGUACGUCAGCUCCUUCAGCGCCUACUGCGUCUUCCGCUUCCUCAUGGGCAUGACCUUCUCCGGCAUCAUCCUCAACUCCCUCUCGCUGGUCGUGGAGUGGAUGCCCGCGCGGGGCCGGACCGUGGCGGGCAUCCUCCUGGGCGUCUCCUUCACGCUGGGGCAGCUCGUCCUGGCCGGAGUGGCCUACCUGAUCCGGCCCUGGCGCUGGCUGCAGUUUGCCGUCUCGGCUCCCUUCCUCAUCUUUUUCUUCUAUUCUUGGUGGCUGCCAGAGUCAUCCCGGUGGCUCCUCCUGCACGGCAAGUCCCAGCAGGCCUUGCAGAACCUGCGCAAGGUGGCCGCCCUGAACGGAAGAGAGGAGGAGAGCAAGAGGCUGACCACGGAGGCGGUGAGCGCCUACGUCCAGAGCGAGUUCGCAAGCGUGCGCGCCUCCAGCUCGGUCCUGGAUCUCUUCCGAACCCCGGCCAUCCGCAAGAUCACGUGCUGCCUCGUGGGGGUCUGGUUCUCCAACUCCGUGGCUUACUACGGCCUGGCCAUGGACCUGCACAAGUUUGGGCUCAGCCUCUACCUGGUGCAGGCGCUGUUUGGGAUCAUCGACAUCCCGGCCAUGCUGCUGGCCACCAUCACCAUGAUUUACGUGGGCCGCCGGGCCACGGUGGCCUCCUUCCUCAUCAUGGCCGGGCUCACGGUGAUCGCCAACAUGUUUGUGCCUGAAGCCAUGCAGACGGUGCGCACUGCGCAGGCGGCGCUGGGCAAAGGCUGCCUGGCCAGCUCCUUCAUCUGCGUGUACCUGUUCACGGGCGAGCUGUACCCCACGGAGAUCAGGCAGAUGGGGAUGGGCUUUGCAUCGGUCAGCGCUCGCCUCGGGGGCCUCGCAGCGCCCCUGCUCACCACACUCGGGGAGGUCAGCGCCUUCCUGCCACCCGUGAGCUUCGGGGCCACCUCCAUCCUGGCCGGAGUGGCUGUCCUGUGCUUCCUAACGGAGACCCGCAACGCACCGCUGGUGGAGACGAUCGCCGCGAUGGAGAGAAGAGGCAAAGAAGGCGCCCCCAAGAAAGAGGUGGAGGAGAAGGGUGAGGACGUCGCCCUUCAGCCGCUGGGCACGUCUCCCCUCAGAGAAACCAUCUGAGCUGCCAAGGGCCCGGCCCCUCAGCCCGCGUCCACCCUGCUCCUGGGGACACCUGGGGCCAGGUCAGCCAGAGGACACCGUGAGCCGUCCACCUGCAGGGCAGCCCCAGCCAGCAACAGCUGAUCCGCCUCCCAGAGGGGCCCAGGGCAGACUGCUUCCCCCGCAGUCAAAGGGCUGUCGGGCAGGCGUUGGGCCUCGUGGUUAAGAUGCUGGCCGAGACCCCCGUGCCCCCUCUCAGAGAGCCUGAGUCGGAUCCUGGCUCCAGCUGCCCAUGCACGCCUUGAGAGACUGCACAGAUGGCCCCGGUGAUUGGGUUCCUGCCACCUGCGUGGGAGACCUGGAUUAAGUUCCUGGCUCCUGGCUCCAGCCCUGGCCCAGGCCCAGUCAUUGUGGACAUUUGGGGAUGAGCCAGCAGGUGGGAGAGCUCUCUCUGUCUCUCCCUCUCAAAUUAAAAAAAAAAGAAAAA